ACUAUAUCCCGAACACUCUAUUUUAGCUUCACACAAAAUUUUCAAGAACCUGCCAGAAUUCUCCCCGCUUUAUUAAAUUCUUACUCAAAGGUUUUUUCUCUGUAGACAAAUUCGCCCUUUAAUCUCGAACUCCAGCGAAACCCAUCUUUUUAAAUCCGCUGUAACGCAGAGAAAACAGAGAAAAAUCUUAUUGCAAUGGCUGCAACGACGGCGUUCGCUGGCGUUCAGUGUGUUACAUCGUCUAAUGGUAUGAACAGAGCUGCCUUGUUUUACCAGUCUCCGGUGUCUGUGAACUUCUCAGCGAGACCUGGAGAUCUAAAAACCCUUAAUUCCUUAAAAUUGAAGCAAAGGGAUGCGUGUUUCAUCCCGAAACGUGAUAAAGUCGGCAGGAGUUUGGGUUCAUUUGUUGUUCGAUGUGAUGCAUCGGCUGGAAGACAGAUUACACAGCAGGAAUUCACGGAAAUGGCGUGGCAAGCAAUUGUAUCGUCACCGGAAGUGGCGAAGGAAAACAAACAUCAGAUAGUGGAGACGGAGCAUUUAAUGAAGGCUCUUUUGGAGCAGAAGAAUGGGCUUGCUCGCCGGAUAUUCUCUAAGGCUGGUGUGGACAAUACUCGACUUCUUGAAGCUACGGAUAAGUACAUUCAACGGCAGCCGAAGGUUCUAGGUGAUUCAGCUGGAUCAAUGUUAGGAAGAGAUCUGGAAGGGCUUAUACAGCGAGCAAGGGAGUUCAAGAAAGAGUAUGGUGAUUCUUUUGUGUCCGUUGAGCAUUUAGUGCUAGGCUUCGUACAAGAUAACCGGUUUGGGAAACAACUAUUCAAGGAUUUCCAAAUUUCUCUAAAAACUCUGAAAGAUGCUAUUCAGUCCAUAAGGGGACGCCAAACAGUUAUUGACCAAGAUCCCGAGGGGAAGUAUGAAGCACUAGAAAAAUAUGGGAAGGAUCUAACUGCGAUGGCAAGAGCUGGGAAGCUGGACCCUGUAAUAGGAAGAGAUGAUGAAAUACGCAGAUGCAUUCAGAUUCUUUCUAGGAGAACAAAGAACAAUCCUGUUCUAAUUGGUGAGCCAGGUGUGGGAAAAACUGCAAUCUCUGAAGGGCUUGCUCAGAGGAUUGUCCAAGGAGAUGUCCCUCAGGCUUUAAUGAACCGUAAGCUGAUAUCCCUCGACAUGGGAGCACUCAUAGCUGGUGCAAAAUACCGUGGAGAAUUUGAAGAUAGAUUAAAGGCCGUGCUCAAGGAAGUGACUGAUUCAGAUGGCCAAAUAAUUCUUUUUAUAGACGAGAUCCACACAGUGGUUGGUGCAGGUGCUACCAAUGGUGCAAUGGACGCUGGCAAUCUCUUGAAGCCUAUGCUUGGUCGUGGAGAGCUACGAUGCAUUGGGGCAACAACUCUGGAUGAAUAUCGUAAGUACAUUGAGAAAGAUCCGGCCCUGGAGCGCCGGUUCCAGCAAGUUUAUGUUGAUCAACCUUCAGUGGAUAAUACCAUCUCUAUUCUCCGUGGACUGCGUGAAAGGUAUGAGCUGCACCAUGGAGUCCGCAUUUCAGACAGUGCCCUUGUUGAAGCUGCAAUACUAUCGGACCGUUACAUCAGUGGACGUUUCCUACCUGAUAAAGCUAUUGACCUUGUUGAUGAAGCAGCAGCCAAAUUGAAAAUGGAAAUCACUUCAAAACCAACCGCCCUUGAUGAAAUUAACCGUGCUGUUCUGAAACUUGAGAUGGAAAGGCUCUCUCUUACCAAUGACACUGACAAAGCAUCAAAAGAUAGGCUAAAUCGCCUUGAGGCAGAGUUGUCUCUCUUGAAGCAGAGACAAGCUGAGCUGAAUGAGCAGUGGGAGCAUGAAAAAACUGUCAUGACACGCAUACAAUCUAUCAAGGAAGAGAUUGACAGAGUAAAUGUAGAGAUCCAGCAAGCUGAGAGGGAGUAUGAUCUCAACCGUGCUGCUGAAUUGAAAUAUGGGAGCCUAAACUCUCUGCAGCGACAACUGGAAACUGCAGAAAAAGAACUGGACGAGUAUAUGAAGUCUGGAAAGUCCAUGCUUAGAGAAGAAGUAGUAGGUAGCGAUAUUGCUGAGAUUGUUAGUAAAUGGACAGGAAUUCCUGUUUCCAAACUACAACAAUCGGAGAGGGAGAAGCUGUUGCAUUUGGAGGAAGAGUUACAUAAACGUGUGGUCGGUCAAGAUCCUGCAGUAAGAUCCGUGGCGGAGGCUAUUCAAAGAUCCAGAGCGGGCCUUUCAGAUCCCCACCGUCCUAUUGCUAGCUUCAUGUUCAUGGGUCCUACCGGUGUUGGAAAGACAGAGCUUGCAAAGGCACUUGCUUCCUAUAUGUUCAACACUGAAGAAGCUCUUGUACGGAUUGAUAUGAGUGAGUACAUGGAAAAACAUGCAGUUUCACGGUUGAUUGGAGCCCCCCCAGGUUACGUUGGGUACGAAGAAGGAGGGCAGUUAACAGAGAUUGUUCGGAGGAGGCCAUAUGCAGUUAUUUUGUUUGAUGAGAUAGAAAAGGCUCAUUCUGAUGUAUUUAAUGUGUUCCUUCAAAUCCUGGAUGAUGGUAGAGUAACUGACUCACAGGGUCGCACUGUGAGUUUCACUAACACUGUAAUCAUUAUGACAUCAAAUGUGGGUUCACAGUACAUACUUAACACAGAUGAUGACAGCUUGCCUAAGGAGAUGGCUUAUGAAACUAUAAAGCAGAGGGUAAUGGAGGCGGCCAGAUCAAUUUUCCGCCCUGAGUUCAUGAACCGUGUUGAUGAAUACAUUGUAUUCCAGCCUCUUGAUCGUGAACAGAUUAGCAGUAUUGUCAGGUUACAGUUGGAACGAGUACAAAAGAGGAUAGCGGAUCAGAAGAUGAAGAUUGAGGUGACCGAUGCUGCAGUUGAACUUCUUGGAAGUCUCGGGUAUGAUCCAAACUACGGUGCCAGACCAGUGAAGCGGGUGAUCCAACAAUAUGUUGAAAAUGAGCUCGCCAAGGGAAUCCUGAGAGGAGAGUUCAAAGACGAGGAUUCAAUUUUGAUAGAUACAGAAGUCAUGGCAUUUGGCAAUGGUCAGCUUCCACAACAGAAGCUAGUCUUCAGAAAAUUAGAGCCUGAUUCAGAUACGUACUCUGAUAACCGAGAAGCUUUUUCUCAGACACGAUGAGGAAUUGAUGAUACAUCUCUUCUACAUAGUAACACUUUUCUCCAUACACCCCCGUCAUAAGAAAAAAAGACGACUCUCCGUUGUGUAAAUUUACAAUACAGUUCUUAGAUUUUGCUUGACUUUUAUUUCCAAGUAUUCUUGGGGUACAGUUCUUAAAAAACCUGGCUGAAAUGUUUGUAUUGCGUGACGAUUCAACUUCGAAUACACACGCAUAUAUUUUCCAUCGGUUUAUUCAACAACCCCAUUCUCGA